AUGACGACGCGGCGACGGAAGGUCGUUCGUGGUAGGCAAUCCAACGCCGUAACCGGCGAUGCUGAGAAGCAUGAAGAGUCACGCAACACAACAUGUGAUUGCUGCCUUCUGCCCAUCAGGUUUGAUUCCCGUGACGCCCAGGACUUUGGUCGCAUCGAAACGUGCCCGCAUACAUUCCACUUCACUUGCAUUAAGAAAUGGUCAGCUCUAGAGACCACAUGCCCGCAAUGCAAGGCUGUCUUCAGUCGUAUCGAGCGUGUUAAGGCGUCUACAGGCGAAGUUGUCGAAACGAUCGAAUGUGAGUCGUUAUUCCUGUGGGACCACUACGACGCCGAGGGCAGUAGCGAUGCUGGCACUUCACCUGACAACGCUGAGCCGUCUCAACAGUCGUCGUCCAGUGGAGCUUCCGGAGGCAGAAGCAAGACUCUGCGGCUACUCGCCCCAGACCAAUUACAAGAAGCUCGUGCGCCAAAAAAGCGUAAGAGGCCAGUCAAGAUCGAAGAGGCUGUCGCUUUAACCGAGCGCCAUCUGAAACGCACAGCUAUGAACGACGUAUGUUACGCACCUCCUACCGUGACGUAUGAGGCCAAGCCAAUCCCCGUGCUGCGUCGGGAGAGCGAGUUCAAGCUGCAACCUGUGUAUCAAGAGGACUUUAUCGCUAAAUGA